CGCGUGGUACGGGAUCCGGCAGUCCGGGCCGGCCUGCUCCCCCGCAACUGCACAGAUGGCGGCGCUGGCGGCGGUGGCCAAGAAGCUGUGGAGCCGGCGGCGGCUGCUGGUGCUGCUGGUCACGCCGCUGGCGCUGCUGCCGGUGGUCUUCGCCCUUCCGCUCAAGGAAGGCCGCUGUCUGUUUGUCAUCCUGCUCAUGGCCGUGUACUGGUGCACGGAGGCCCUGCCGCUCUCGGUGACGGCCCUGCUGCCCAUCACCCUCUUCCCCCUCCUGGGCAUCCUGCGGUCCAGCGUGGUCUGCCCCCAGUACUUUCUGGACACCAACUUCCUCUUCCUCAGCGGUCUGAUCAUGGCCACCGCCAUCGAGGAAUGGAACCUGCACCGGAGAAUCGCCCUCAAGAUCCUGAUGAUCGUUGGGGUCCAGCCGGCCUGGCUCAUCCUUGGAAUGAUGGUGACCACCUCCUUCCUGUCCAUGUGGCUGAGCAACACCGCCUCCACCACCAUGAUGCUGCCCAUCGCCAUCGCCAUCCUGAAGAAUCUCUUUGGCCAGAAGGAGACUCAGAAGGACCUCAACUGGGAGAGUGAAGAGAACGCAGCUGCUGCACUGGCCAAAGGCCUGCCAACUGUGCCCACGGAUAUGCACUUUCUUGCCAGCACAGAAGACAAAGACGGCCACGAGGAGGCAGAGGCUCCGUUGGAACUUCCAGCUGACUCCGCGAAGGAGGAGGAACGUUGCAAAAACAUCUGGAAGGGCUUCCUCAUCUCCAUCCCCUACUCAGCCAGCAUCGGGGGCACUGCCACUAUCACAGGCACUCCCCCCAACCUCAUCCUGCUUGGUGGACUCAAGAGUUACUUCCCAGAGUGUGAGGUGGUGAAUUUCGGCUCCUGGUUCAUUUUCGCCUUCCCACUCAUGGUGCUGUUCCUGCUGCUGGGCUGGCUCUGGAUCUCCUUCCUGUACACGGGAAUGACCUUGAGGGGCUGGAGAAAGAAGAAAUCUGAGAUCAGAGCUGGUGCAGAAGACAGGGCUCGAGCUAUGAUCCAGCAGGAAUUCCAGAAUCUGGGACCCAUGAAGUUUGCCGAACAGGCCGUUUUCAUCCUUUUCUGCGUGUUCGCCAUUCUCCUCUUCUUCCGGGACCCGAAGUUCAUCCCUGGCUGGGCCAGUCUCUUCCCUGCUGGGUUUAUUUCUGAUGCUGUCACUGGCAUGGCCGUUGUCACCAUCUUGUUCUUCUUCCCGUCCCAAAGGCCCUCUCUCAAGUGGUGGUUUGACUUGAAAGCCUCCAACACGGAGACAAAGCCGCUGCUGACGUGGAGGAAGGCCCAGGACACCAUCCCCUGGAGCAUCAUCCUUCUCCUGGGCGGAGGCUUCGCCAUGGCCAAGGGCUGCGAGCAGUCCGGGCUGUCCAUGUGGAUCAGCGACCAGCUGCACCCGCUGGAGAACGUGCCGCCCAUGCUGGCUGUCCUGAUCAUCACCUCGGUCAUCAUCUUCUUCACCGAGUUUGCCAGUAACACGGCCACCAUCAUCAUCUUCCUGCCCGUCCUGGCGGAGCUGGCCGUCCGUCUGAGAGUGCACCCCCUGUACCUGAUGAUCCCUGCCACGGUGGGCUGCUCCUACGCCUUCAUGCUCCCAGUCUCGACGCCCCCCAACUCAAUUGCCUUCUCCUCUGGACAUUUGCUGGUCAAAGACAUGGUGCGGACUGGCUUCCUGAUGAACCUGCUGGGCGUCCUGCUGCUCAACGUGGCCAUCAACACCUGGGCACAGACCAUCUUCCAGCUGGGCACCUUCCCAGACUGGGCCCACAACCACUUAGCCAAUGUCACGGCACUGCCCACCACAUCUGUGGCCAACGGCACACUGGGGACCGUCUGAGUCCUCCCUGGAGCGUCUCUUUGGCCCGGGCCCUCCCAGAAGGCUCUGCCGUCGUCACCUGCUGUUAGGACCAGACAGGACGGUCCAGAGGCACUCUGUGAUCCAGUAAGCAGCAAGGAAGGGUGACCUCGAGGGCCCCGCUCGGGUCAACAGGUUCAUUAUCUAGGACUCCUCCUCCUCUCUCGUGCAGUUCAGGGCCCAGAUAUUUCACAAACCUGCUUCCUGAGAAACAAGCUCCUUUAUCUCCAAGCCAGCAUGUGGCCGGGGUGCAAGAGAGCCCAACUUCAGCGACAAUAAGCAACUCCAGGACGGCAUUUGUCCCUAACAGUUGGGACGGGGAGUCCAUCCCCGGGGCCCAGCUAACAUUCCCCACUGGCUUCUGUAGGUUGCACUCCUGAGGGGCCAUCCUGCCUUCAGGGGUCACCUGCCCCAGAGAGGUUUUUGGGCGGCUGGUGAUGUUCCUUCCGCUCCACUCAUUCCAGCUGCUCGCCACCGCCGAUGCCUGUUCUGUUCAGCUGGUGCCCGUUCUGCACCGAUUGUUUGACCAUUUGCCUGCUGACACCUGGCGGGUAAGGGAAUUUUCAGUCUGCGGAGACACGGGGAGGGACAGGUGACUUCCUGAGGACAAGGAGACCGUGCAAAGCCUCCUUGCUGUCUCUCUGGUUCCCAAGCGCACCAGGGGAGUUCUAGAAACCCCCCACUGACAUCUUUAUUCAAGCUUUUAGGAUUCUCCUGUUUAAUCUGAUUCAGUUUGUCCGUGAUUCUGGAGUCGGGCCCCUCCAGCCAGGCCCCUGCUGCGUGUGACCCACACGGCCUUUGUGGCUGCUGUGUGCUUAUCAGCUGGUCAUUACCUCCCCAAGCUGCCCCGAGUGGUGAGCAUGUUUGGUUAGCAAAGGCCGCAUUUUUUUCGGGGGUGAGAGAAAAGUCAAAAGGUAAACCAGAGUCUUGAAAAGAGCUGCUACAAUGUCUCGGGCAGGCAAAUCCCAUAAUCCCCCUCUACAGAGGGGUACCCUGGGACUUUCCGUGAGUCAGUGGCCGGUGGGGGCUCUCCUAGGGGAUUUGAUCACUCUGGUUUCCAGUGGAAACCUCUGGGCAUCUCCAGUGGGCUGCACAGUACCAGGCCCGGCGGAUGCUCCGGCCGUGUCUGUGGAAUGAAUUCGUGGUCCAGCAUCAGCACCACCCGCACGCCUCGCCUCUCCUCUCCUCACCCCGCACCUGUGAGGAAUGAGGCUCCCUGAGCAGCUGCCUGGGCUGGGGAAGCAGUUCCCAGACACUGAGCCCAUCCUCUGUUCAGCAGGAGUGAGUCAUGGGUGUUUCCCUGGAAGCAGAGGGGAGGCUGGAGGAGAGGCCCCUGAGCUAGAGAAUGAGUGCACCCCCUUCCCGCAGGAGUAGACCUUCAGUACUUAGUCACAGUCACAGCCCCUGGGGGGUGGGGGAGGCGCACUCCCGUGCAGCAGGGGCGGGAAGACAUGCAUUCACAGAGAAACCCGUGGUACUUGUAACCAGAUGAAGCACGAUUUCAAAUACUUCUGAUCGAAAAUGCUAUAAAGUAAAGAAUGUGAAUCGACA